AUGACUCCCAUCGGUGGAUUUCGUGAAGGAGAAGUCAAUGGAAAACCGUUUCACAUAUUCAACUUCUUAUCAGAAACGGAGACCCCAAGCUCCGACGACUUCCCUCCUCUUUAUGUCUGUCCUUCUUUUUGUAUGAGUGAGGCAUGGAGUAAUCUAAGGCCGAAUAAUCCUGAUAUCAAUCACGUUUUCCCGGCGGAUGUUUUCCCUUAUCCUUACUUCUUUAACAAAAGGAGCGGUGAUCAACAGUUCCAGUUUUUGAUUGGAUCCGACGUCUAUGAUCAUCCUUAUUGUGUCUAUCACCCUUAUGUCAUUAGGAUAUCUCGUCAUUGCCACCGUAUCUCCUUUACCUCUUCUCUUCCACCAGGAAAAUGGCCUUGCGGAGUGUGUCGUCGAAAAGUCGACCACAAUUAUGGUGCAUACUCUUGCAAUAAGUGUGAUGAUUAUUUUGUUCAUACAAAAUGCGCACUGCGAGAAAAUCUAUGGGAUGGAAAAGAACUAGAGGGAAUACCUGAAGAGCCGGAGAUAGUUGUUGAGCCAUUCGAGAGGAUAAGUGAUAGAAUAAUACUCCAUUUUACGCAUGACCAUCAUCUGAAACUCGAGAUCAGUGGAGCUUACGACGAAGGAAAGUUUUGUCAAGCGUGCAUCCUUCCAAUCUACGAGGGUAGCUACUAUUCGUGUAUGGAUCAAUGCGACUUCAUCCUCCAUGAAGUGUGUGCCAAUGCGCCUUGCAAGAAACAACAUGAAUGCUCACUCACUUGCACUAAAGGUUGA